AAAAGUUAGAUUUUUUAAAUUUUUCCUUGGCUUCUGGCAUGUUGAAAAAGAUUGAUUAAUGGUCAAAAUGAGAUUGCACUUGAAUAAAAUUUUGUUUUGUUCAUGAAAUGUGUCAAGAUGGCAAGAGCAAUCUGUGGUGUAAUUCCUGUUGUAGCUAUAUGCUGCUUAGCACUUCUUGCUACCGCACAGAUAACUUUUCCCCCUGAAGUGAAAGCAUUAAGAGCUAUUCGUGAUAAGCUUCAAGAUCCAAGCAAUAACCUUAAUUGGACAAAAAGCAGUGAUCCAUGCACAUCCAACUGGACUGGUGUUUUCUGCUACCUUGAUCAUAGUGAUGGUUAUCUGCACGUAGGAGAAUUACGGAUGCUAAAAUUGAAUCUGUUUGGAGAACUAGCGUCUGAGCUUGGUGAAUUGUCCUUUAUGACAAUAUUAAAUUUUAUGUGGAAUCAUAUCAGUGGCAGCAUACCAAAGGAGAUAAGCAACCUUAGUAAUCUGAAAUACCUGCUAUUGAGUGGAAAUAAUCUUACAGGGCCUUUACCGGAUGAACUUGGUUAUCUGCCUAAUUUACUAAUACUUCAGGUGGAUGAUAACAAUAUAACUGGGCAACUACCGAAAUCAUUUGCUAAUCUGCAAAGUGUCAAGCACUUUCAUUUGAACAAUAACUCAAUCAGUGGUCAAAUCCCCUCAGAGCUCUCCACCUUACCUCAACUUUUGCAUUUGAGUCUGAGAAACUGUGGCCUGCAAGGACCUGUUCCUGAUUUAAGCAGCAUAAAACACCUUCGUUAUAUAGAUCUAAGUUCGAAUCAGCUCACUGGAAUGAUACCCACAAAUAAGCUUUCUGAUAACAUCACUGCAGUGUAUUCCCAGCCUGAAGUUCCAAGGAGCCAGACAAGUUUUAAAGUUCCAAUCAAAACGGGAAGUGUUAAGGACUUCAGCUUUGAGGAACUUGAAGAGGCAACAAGUGGUUUUUCUAUCACUACCCAAGUUGGCCAGGGAGGCUACGGAGAGGUUUACAAAGGCGUUUUAGCUGAUGGAACUGUGGUGGCAAUCAAGCGUGCGCGUCAAGGAUCUCUGCAGAGUCAGGCAGAGUUCAUCACUGAAAUAGAACUUCUGUCAAGACUGCAUCACCGCAACCUGGUCUCUUUGGUUGGAUAUUGUGAUGAACAAGGCGAGCAGAUGCUAGUUUAUGAGUUUAUGCCUAAUGGUUCUCUCCAUGAUCUCCUUUGUGGGUCCAGGAAUUCUUUAAGUUCUGCUACCAGACUGCACAUUGCUUUGGGAUCGGCCAAGGGCAUCCUCUACCUUCAUACUGAAGCAGACCCUCCUAUAAUCCAUCGGGAUAUCAAGGCAAACAACAUACUCUUGGAUAACAAAUUGAAUCCUAAAGUUUCUGAUUUUGGAAUCUCAAGACUUGCACCAGUAACAGAUGGUGAAGGAGCUUCAGCGCAUGUUUCCACAAAUGUGAAAGGCACACCGGGUUAUUUAGAUCCAGAAUAUUUCUUGACUCACAAGUUAACUGAGAAGAGUGAUGUUUAUAGCCUUGGAAUUGUUUUCCUACAACUUCUGACUGGGAUGCGGCCUAUAUCUCAUGGUAGAAAUAUUGUCCGCGAGGUAUCUGCAGCUUGCCAAUCCGGGAUGAUGCUUUCCAUGAUUGAUCCGUCCAUGGGUCUAUAUUCUCCCGAAUGCAUCAAGAAAUUCAUGGCAUUGGCUCUCAAGUGUACCCAUGACAAGCCGCAACCACGGCCAACCAUGCUGGAGGUUGUCAGAGAGCUUGAGAACUUGAUUGCUUCCCUUAAAGAUUCCGAAACUGCUCCUUCAGACUCAGAUGCCUCUGGUUCUGGUGUAUCAUUAGGGAUUGGGAUAGCUCUACCUCAUGUCUCUUCUGACAAGAGCGCCCAUGACCAUGAGCUUGGUGAGUUCAUGGGAAGUAAUCUUAUCAGUGGCGUCAUACCAACUAUCCGGCCCCGCUGAUGCACUUCAAUAUUACAAUUUCCUAUGUGCAGAAUGAAACAACCUCUCAUCAGUUAAUCAGUUUGAUGAAUGUUGAAGAAAAGUACAAUGUACAG